UUUCCACCAUAAUAGUGACCGAUGGCUUUUGUUUCGUCCUCCGUCCAAAACUAAAUAGAAAUAAAACCUCGGAGCCCUGUAAAUUCUAGGACUUGGGUUGUUCGUUUGCUCUGUUCUCUUUCUCUCUCUUAGCUAUAAAUGGCGGAUAAAUAUUGAGAAGGAAACAAGGAAAAAAAUCAGAUUGAAUUCUUGGAUUUGGCAGGUUUUGAGAAGAAUAGAGCGGGGGGAUUUUUGUUAUUUUUGCAAGGAAUGAAAUAAAGGUUUGGUAGGUAGAGAGAGAGUGAGAGGGAGAUAGACGAAAGUGUAUUACCGUUUCGGCAAUCCUUGUAAGCAAAAUAAUAUUGCUUGUACACACGCAGAGACAGAGACGAACCCACACAUUUCAUCCGUGUAAGCAAAAGGGAGCACGAGAUUUGAUUUCCUGGGCUUGUAGAAAGCACAAGAACAGGAAAAAGGAGAGAACUGGGUUUUCAUCAGAAGUAAAAAAAAAAAAAAAAAUCCGCAGCAUCUGUGUGUAAGAAUAUAAUGGAGUUAGAGCCAGAGUUUCUUGCAAGCAGUUGGGGUAGAGAAUUUGUGGCUGGAGGCUUUGGAGGCAUUGCAGGUAUAGUCUCCGGUUUUCCGCUCGAUACGAUCCGUAUCCGGCAACAGCAAUCGAAUGCCGGCUCUGCCUUUAGCAUCCUUCGCAAUGUCAUGGCCACAGAAGGGCCUGCAGCUCUCUACAGAGGCAUGGGUGCACCGUUGGCUUCUGUCACUUUUCAGAAUGCGAUGGUUUUUCAAAUAUAUGCUGUCCUCUCUAGAGCAUUUGACUCAUCUCUUUCCGCUAAAGAUCCUCCUUCCUACAAAGGUGUUGCUCUAGGAGGAUUUUGUACUGGCGCUCUUCAGAGCCUACUGCUCUCUCCUGUAGAACUAGUGAAAAUCAGACUUCAACUGCAGAAUAAUGUCUAUGCAAAACUCCAUCAGGCAGAUUCUCAUGAAGGUCCUAUGAGCGUUAUCAAAAGCAUAUUCAAAACAGAAGGUUUAAGGGGAAUGUACCGAGGUCUAACUAUAACUGUAAUGAGGGAUGCACCAGCUCAUUGUCUAUACUUCUGGACAUACGAGUAUAUGAGAGAGCAGCUUCACCCAGGCUGCAGAAAGAGCAGCCAAGAAAGCCUACAAACAAUGAUGGUAGCGGGAGGGCUAGCAGGAGUUGCCAGCUGGGUUUGCUGCUACCCCCUGGAUGUUGUAAAGACCAGACUUCAAGCUCAAUCGCAAUCUUCUCUACCAAAAUAUACUGGCAUUGUCGAUUGCUUCCGCAAGAGUGUCAAAGAAGAGGGUCACAGGGUGCUCUGGAGAGGAUUAGGAACUGCGGUUGCUAGGGCAUUUAUGGUGAAUGGGGCUGUAUUUUCUGCUUAUGAGAUAUCUCUGAGGUGCCUAUUUAACAGUGGAAGCAUCCAAACAGAGAAUGCAAUUUAGAAAUGCUUCUCUUCCUGGUAAAGAUGGUUAACUCAAAUGUUGAUCACCCUCUAUGUUUAUCCACAAGAGCUACAGGAACAAUUGCAGAAUUUCGUAUAAUGUCAUUAUUGUUGCAGCACUGCUUGACGCAUUUUUCAAAGAUGUUUACAUUCGAGUAAGAAAAAUGCUGGCACUGAAGAGUGAAGAUUAUGGCUCUGUUGUGCUUACCAUGUCUCUGUUUCCUCUGCAGCAUUUCAAUUGAUUGGCAACUUUUGGGCCUUUGAAAAAUGGCCACCUGGUUUCUAUAUAGCUAUUUUAGUUUUCUAACCUUGUAAACCAAAAGCUUCAAAAGUGGUUUUGCAGUUCUGCAUAAUAUCCAUGUAGAAAUAUGAUCAGUAUGAUUUGGGCAA